AUGGACCUUGACUCCUCAUUGGCGCUCGAACACAAGGCGACAAAGUCCAGGAUGAGCAGUCAGCUGGUCCUUCAUAUCCCGUUCCACAGCCUCGCCGUUAUUCUCACCCGACGCAAAUUUGAUCCGGUAGUGCAACACCAAAGCUGCUGCAACGAGUCGGAUCUGCGCAGUGCCAAAUGGCGACCGACACAGCCGGUGCGCCCUUACGGUACUGCAUUAGUACCAGAGCUAAUUUAUCUCCGCCAGGAAUUUGGCUACAUGGAACUUUUCGCUUACCAACACCGAAAGGAGCAAAUGCCCUUUUGUCCUUGA